UGGUCUUUCUCUCUUUUACUCUUUAUUUAUAUCAAAUUACUUCAAUUUUCAAUAAUUGCAUUUCUUUCUACCUAAACACACUGUUCUCAUAAUAUAACGAAGAAAUCGUCCAUUAGCUUAAACUGACCAACAAAGCAUGUCCCAAGAGAUGACAUUAGAAAUUAGUCAUCUGCGCCACGAUCUCUUCCCUUGGUUGUUCUCUCUUAUUAUUUUUUUUCUUUUUAUACUACUAUUUCAUUUUAUCCUAGAUUCUUUUUAUUCGUUUUUUUUUAUGUCUGUCCAUUUGUUAAUUGAUGAAUAACAACGAUACUUGGAAUUAUUACUCAAGUAGCUAUGAAUUUAGAACCAAAAAUAGGAAAUAGAAAAAGAGAAGGUUAAAGGAAAACUAACGUUCAAAUAGGCAAUCAUAUAAAAUCAAUUGGAACGUUUGUAUACUCGACUAAUGUUCGUUCUCUCGCAUGCUUACUCAAGCUUGCAGUGUUUGCCUUUAUUACUGUUUGCCGUCGCUCGCUGCCAGAUGCUGGAGCGAAACGUAAAACAAUAGUGGUGGGCAAUAAUUGCUGUUUGCCAUUGGGAUGCCCUCCCCUUCUCUAUAUACACAGAAGCGACUAUUUCGUUGUCAAAACACGCUUAUGUAAGGACAAACCUUGUUUACUUUCAAUUUGGAUGCCAUUUCACGCGGACUUACUCGUCCUUUGUUUGCAAUUACGAUAAGUUUAUGGCAGGAGUAAACAAUUACAAAAUUCGUCUUUUCCCUUAUCCGUUUACUCUUUCUCUUUUUAUAGACAUAUUUGAAAGUUCACAGAAAGCAAUUACUAAAUGACAAUUGUGUGAAAAAGAGAACUACAACUCUCUUUUUUAAGGAGAAAGCUAGUUUUUUAUGUAAAAAAAGUAUUGUAUGUCGUAGGAGACGUAAAAGCAUCGCACUAAGGUUAAUGAAGUAAAGAGAAGGUAAAAAAAAGGUAAAGAAAGACAGAGAGAGAGUGCGGGGAAGGAGAGAGAGAGAGAGAGAGAGGAGGAAAUAGAGAGAAAACAGAAGGUAAAAUAAUAGACAAUCUUAAAAAAGGCUUAGCUACGUCUGGUGUAACCUUUGACACCUCUCAGAAAGUUUGUGUCGAGUAGAUUAAUUUAAGUUAGAGGGAGAUUAGCAAGGUAUUUUCUAAUCUAUGAAUCAAGGAAUCAUUAAAUUCUCAAAUUCUUAGAGAAAUAGAUUGUUAUUGUAAUCCGACGAGAGAAUUCAUUAACAAUUCUCAUCUUAUCUUUCAUUACAGAAAUCAAAUGCCAUCUAGUCGGGACGGUCAGUUGACUGUUGAGAAGACGCCCAGCUACUUUAUAAAAUCGUCUAUACCAAGAAAAGUUUAUGAAAUGUCGCCAAGAACAAAACUGAUAUUGGUCGUUCGGGAUCCUGUAACAAGGGCGAUAAGCGACUACGCCCAGUUGGCAAGCCGGUGGGGUAAAGAUACGAAAUCGUUUGAUCGUCUAGCUUUUCUAAAUGAUACCAAGAUUGUAAAUGCGUCGUGGGCGGUCAUCAAAAUCGGUUUAUACUACAAACACUUAGCUAGAUGGCGAAGGUAUUUUUCGGAUAAGCAAAUACACUUGGUUUCUGGCGAAAAACUCGUCUCCCAACCUGCAGCUGAAUUAGCUAAGAUUGAAAAGUAUUUGGGACUGGAACCCUAUAUCCAUGAAAAACAUUUCUACUUUAAUCAUACUAAAGGUUUUCCCUGUUUGAAGAAAAAAGCUAGGUGUUUACAUUCGUCCAAAGGUCGACCUCAUCCGAAUAUCGACACUGAAGUUAUUGAACGACUCAGGGAUUUCUAUAAACCGUUUAAUUAUAAAUUCUAUGCUAUGACUGGUAUCGAUUUUGGCUGGUAA